AACGGAGCCCGCCUGUGAAGGUAGCCCGAGUUAAGGUGGGAUGAGAGCAGCGCGUGCACGGCAAAAUAAGAAGCAACAGACCAAGCGGACUGAAACCGAGCUCGUGCAGCACUUUGAAAACAUUUCUGUGUUCGGAGCGGGGCGCGAGGUCGGAGAAGAGGAGAGCCGUUACGCGCGAGAGAGGAAGUACGAGGGGCUCGUGGACAUCAGGUGGACGCGCAUUCCAUCACAUCUCCUCAGGCUAAGUCGGUACCAGUGAGGAGGAAGGUUUGGAGAACCAAGGAGAGCUGAGGAGUUGGACGACGAAAAGAAGAAGAAGAAGAAGAGAGUGAAGGAAAAGAGGAAGGCUGUAGGAGAGCUACACCACAACAGGAAGCAGAACUACACACGAGCACCCAGCAAGUGUGCGUGCGUGUGCGCGUGUUGUCUGGGAUAGAGCGAGCGGCAGACAGCGCGGGCAAGGGAGAGAGAGAGAGAGAGAGAGAGGGAGAGGGAGAAAACGAGGAAGGAAGGGAGGGAGAGCGACGCGGAGGCUGGGAGAGCCGAUUCCCCCCCUCCCUCUCCUCCUCUCCUCCUCUCUCUCUCCUAUCCUCCCCUUCCCUCUCCCACUCCCUCUCCCUCCCCUCCCUCGCUGUUCUGCUCUCUCUCUGGAGCUGGCGUGUAGUGGCGUUGGGCUCGCUCGCAACAACCAUGACAGAUGUCAGCGUGGUGAAAGAGGGAUGGCUCCAGAAAAGGGGUGAGUACAUUAAGAACUGGCGGCCGCGCUACUUCCUGUUGAAGACAGACGGCUCUUUCAUUGGCUACAAAGAGAAGCCGCAGGAGGCCGACCUGGCUUACCCCCUAAACAACUUCUCUGUGGCAAAGUGCCAGCUGAUGAAGACGGAGCGCCCCAAGCCCAACACCUUCAUCAUCCGAUGCCUGCAGUGGACCACCGUCAUCGAGCGGACCUUCCACGUGGACUCGCCCGACGAGAGAGACGAGUGGUCGGAGGCGAUCCAGAUGGUGGCUGAUAAGCUCCAGAGGCAGGAGGAGGAGAGGAUCCAGUGCAGCCCCACCUCCCACAUGGACAACAUGGCCGAGGAGGAGAUGGACAUCUCCACCACACACCACAAGCGCAAGACCAUGAGCGACUUUGACUACCUGAAGCUGCUGGGCAAGGGCACCUUCGGAAAGGUGAUCCUGGUGCGGGAGAAGGCAAGCGGGAAGUACUACGCCAUGAAGAUCCUCAAGAAGGAGGUCAUCAUCGCCAAGGAUGAAGUGGCUCACACGCUCACGGAGAGCCGGGUGCUGAAGAACACCAGACAUCCCUUCCUCACAUCGUUGAAGUAUUCCUUCCAGACUAAAGACCGCCUCUGUUUCGUCAUGGAAUAUGUGAACGGAGGAGAGCUGUUUUUCCAUCUAUCGAGAGAGCGGGUGUUCUCCGAGGAGCGCACACGCUUCUACGGUGCCGAGAUCGUCUCGGCGCUCGACUACCUGCACUCGGCCAAGAUCGUGUACCGGGACCUGAAGUUGGAGAACCUGAUGCUGGAUAAAGACGGCCACAUCAAGAUCACAGACUUUGGCUUAUGCAAGGAAGGCAUCACAGACACUGCUACGAUGAAGACCUUCUGUGGCACUCCGGAGUACCUGGCCCCUGAGGUGCUGGAGGACAACGACUAUGGCCGGGCGGUGGACUGGUGGGGUCUGGGUGUGGUGACGUACGAGAUGAUGUGCGGCCGGCUGCCCUUCUACAACCAGGACCACGAGAAGCUGUUUGAGCUCAUCCUCAUGGAGGACAUCAAGUUCCCCCGAACGCUUUCCACCGACGCAAAGUCCCUGCUGUCGGGCCUGCUCAUCAAGGACCCCAACAAGAGGCUGGGAGGAGGACCUGACGACGCUAAGGAGAUAAUGAGACAUAGCUUCUUCUGUCUGGUUGACUGGCAGGACGUCUAUAAUAAAAAGUUGCUUCCGCCCUUCAAGCCUCAGGUUGCGUCUGAGACGGACACCAGGUACUUUGACGAGGAGUUCACAGCCCAGACCAUCACAGUAACUCCCCCAGAGAAAUUCGAUGAGGAUGGCAUGGACUGCCUCGACAACGAGAGAAGACCACAUUUCCCACAGUUCUCCUACUCUGCCAGUGGGCGGGAAUGAGGGUGUGUCACACGAGUGCGGCCGGACUCUGGAGGUGGUCCUUGUGAAACACAACCUGGACUGUGGUUGUGGAGCGCUCCCAGGAACGUGUCGCUCUCUCCCCCCCCCCCCCCCCCCCCCCGACCGCAUCUUCAUACUAACUCUACUCUACGAUCCCCUUUGAACAGAACUUUUUUUCACAGUUGCAAACUCUUCUCCAGGCUAAUAGUAGACUCUCGACGUGUGGGUCUGAAACUGUGAUCAGUGGUUACCAAAUGUCCGUGGAAGUGGCGGGAGCUUCGGCCCGAGAGCAGCCUGCUGUGCUUUGAGACCCGAUCCGCCCUUUGACCUCUCAACGCCGACUCGCGGAUCACACGUGCCGGUGGUCGACGAAAACAUCCUCCGAUAGGUCAAUAGCUGUAUUUAUACGAUGGGGGGGGGAUAAGGAGAGGGUUUUUUUAAGAUGACGUGUACUAUGAUAUAUUUUAAGUCUUAUUUAAUCCAAACUGCCAUCGCCGGUUGUCUCUCAGGCAGAACACAGACAGGCGCAGACACACAAGAUUAGCAAACGCUCAACAAGAUGCACACAGGUCUGAACACAGAUCCUUACUGAAAACAAUGCUGCUAUCGUUUGAGGCUGCCCGGUUCGGGCGGAGCCGAUACAGUGAUGUCGUGAGCAAACACAUUCCCGAGCACCCCCCACCCCCAUCCGAAGCCGGCUCAAGCAGGAUUUGACUCAGGUUUUCUCAGUGCAAUUCAUUCUCGUUGUUGCUGCUACUACUUCUAUUAUAACGACGCCCACUAAGACUACUAUGGGUAUGACAGUAUUGCUGCUACUGCUACUACCACUGCUACUACUAAUACCAGGUGCUACUCUAUCGGCUUCAAUCUGCAGGUCAUAUUACAGGCGCCAGCAAAACAUCAACCACCUCUAUAACCGUCUGUCGUACCGUUGCACUUAGGCAUGUACAGUAUAAACACUUACUUUUAAUGUUAAACUUCAACUAGUCUGAGUCAACUUAUGUUACGGAUAUUAUAUUUUGGUUUGUAUGUGCGUGCAUGCGUGUGUGUGUGUGUGUGUGUGUGUGUGUGUGUGUGUGUGUGUGUGUGUGUGUGUGUGUGUGUGUGUGUGUGUGUGUGUGUGUGUGUGCGUGCGUGCGUGCGUGCGUGCGUGCGUGCGUGCGUGCGUGCGUGCGUGCGUGCGUGCGUGCGUGCGUGCGUGCGUGCGUGCGUGUGUGUGUGUGUGUGUGCGUGCAGUUUAAGUUGAAGCGUCUCGAGUUGGAUUCAAAGGGCACCUCAAAGCGCAGCAGUGCUGCACACCGGAAGCUCCUGAACAACAAGCUUUACUACAUCACCCACAAUGCUUUGUGGCCUGUCACGAAACAUGAGGAAGCUGUUCCGUUUUUUGAAUGUUAUCUCUUGUGAAUUUUGAACUCCCCUCGAAUUCAAAGUGUCUCUUGUACCAAAAGGGGAGACACUGUGGUACUGUGCAUACGUGAACGAUAGCUUUACCCUAACAUAUCAUUGUCAUGGCUUGAGAAUAGCAUGCCAGUAUUUCUCUGUCCAUAUGCAGAACGGGAAGCAUCUCCAGUAGGGUGGACCUAUGUGGCCCAAAGAGGUCUGUGAAGGGAGGGCUAUAGGUCUUAAAGGUAUUUAUAUGGUUUGAGUCGUAGCUCUGGACCAAGACAAGGUAAAUGGACCACACAAUACUAGCUAAACAUAUGUACGUCUGUGAAUCGUUUAUCAAAAAUCAGUUAAAAAAGAGAUUAUGGUUCCCUGUUGAGGUAUAUUUAAAAAAAAUUAUGGGCUACACCGACCACAGUUGGAGCUGUAUAUCUAAACGCUAUUUAUUGUUCUACUUAUCAGUUUUGUAUUUUCCUUUUUUUGUAUUGUUAUUUUAUUAAAAAAAACAUAUUUUUAAAUAAUGUCGUCCGACCAGUUUUCAGACUGGUCAUAAAAAAGGCACCUCAAAGUCGGGAAAAAAAAGGCACUUAAAAUUGGCGGAAGAAUGUAGGAGGGCUAGCGGCCUGCCUGCUGCUUGCCGUCGUGAUGCUAGCGUGUUUAUGUCCUUCCAUGACCAAAACGUACACAGCAACAAGGAAACGGUGCACAGUGAAGACAGGUAUGACCGACCAUGGUCGCUGGUCACAUUUUUAUCCAAUCAGAAGUCUAGAUGAGGGAUUUCCAAGAGUGAUUAUUUAUUCUAGCCUAUUAACCUUCCCGCAAGAUGUGUUACUGCACCACAUAAAUAACAUGGUGAAAAACUAACAAAUAUAUGUGUCAAAGGUACGGAUUUAAAAGCAGCUAUGCUAUUUAAACACGUGGGUGGAGCUUAUCCCAGAAGAGGAUGUGUUAGUUGGUGAAGUAUUUAUACUCCACACAAUAAUGAGCCAAGCCGCUGGUGUUCUGCUCCGUUAUGUUGUGUCUCCAGACAGCUGUGAGGUAGUCAAGAGAGCAGGAGGACGUUAAGGCACAAAGAAGGCAACCUGGUGAGAUGUACCAGAGAUGAUAUGAGUUUGAGAAGAGGAAGUUGAUCAGCUGCUCUCCUGUCUGUCUGUGAACAGGAGGCAUCCAAGUGGGAUUGCGGAAUUAGUGGAAAGUUGUGUUGGGAGAGAGUUCUAGAGGAGUUCUAGGAGAGUUCUAGAACAGUUCUAGAAGAGUAUGAAAGGUUUUAAGGAGGACAAAAAGGGUUCUGAGGUUGAUAGAGCUAGGAAGGAGUAGAAUCUACCAGGCCUUAGAAAAUCCCUCUUAAGAGCUGUAGCGUCUCGCUGAUAUGAAGGCGGUCUGGCAUGCACUACCAUUAUGAAGGAACACAGUUGAAAUAUCUCCCAAGACGAUCAAUGUGGAGAAAUAAACCACAAUUGUAAGCAGGCAUGAUGGAGAGGUCUCGAUUAUAUGUUGGUCUAGUGUAAAUCUAAUCCAGGUCAGGUUCUAGGUCUUUGUCUAGUGGAGAUCUAGUCUAGCUCUAGGUAUUGGUCUAGUGUAUAGUUAGCUCUACGUAUUGGUCUAAUGCAGAUCUAGCCUAGGUCUUGGUCGUGUAGAUCUAUCUCUAUGUAUUUGUCUAAUGCAGAUCUGGACUAGGUCUUCGUCGAGUGUCUCUAGCUCUAGGUCUUGGUCUAAUGUCCAGUGUCUCCAGCUCUAGAACUUGGCCUCGUGUCCAGUGUCUCUGGUCUAGGUCUUCUUCCAGUGCCUCUGGUGGUCUAGGUCUUGGUGGGGUCCUGUCUUUACUGUGUGCUGUCCCCCCUCUAGUGUGGACUCCGUCGGUCUGUUGCUGUGCACUCAUUAUAUCUUCCAAAUUGGACCUCAGUCAGUCAAUUAUGAUUUAAAAUAGUUUCACUUUCUUUUUUUCUCAACACAUUCUGACUAUCUUCCUGCUUUAUGUAAGGUAUUUAUGGCUAACCGUUAGAUUGGCUUUAUUUGAAGUCGGAAAGCUGAAUUGUUUAUAAUGAAAAGACUUUGAUGGCAGAUAAAGCUAUAGAGCUAAGUGUUACAGUCAUACAACUUAAGUUCAGUCUAGAACAUUUUGAUUUGUAAAAAAAAAAUUGAAGCUAUUGUUCUCUAAGGUCUACAUUUAUAAUGUAUUUGAUUUUCACAAAUGUUUAAAAUGGGGCAGAUAUUGAGGGAAGCAUACUCUAUUCUAGAGGGAGAAUAUAGUAUUUUGCUUGUGUUAGGUAUUGAAAGAAAUGUAUUCUGGAUAUUAUUAAUUUCAAUGUUUUUUUUGUAUCUUUUAAAUAUGAAUGGAUAACUUGAAUUUCAAAUUUUUUUUUUGGGGGUUAUUUUGUUGUAAUUGUUCUUUGUGUGGCAGUUUGUCAGGGAUUGUAGCUGUUUUCCAUAAUGCAGUUGAUGUGUUUGUGAAAUAAUAAUUUUCCAUUUCCUGUAAAACCAUCGGUAGCUGUAUAUCCGCUGUCCUUGGUUCCAUGUACCGGUACAUGAUUUAGAGUUAAUUCUCCGCCAAGACGCUUUGGGAGCAACAGUUUAAAUGAAUGCCGCCCGACCUGCACACAAAAAACCUGCUCAGAGCCAGACCUGAGUCAAGACUUGGCUAGAACUCUGAUGAUAAGACUUCUCUGUGAUCGAUUAGGUCUGCCUGGCACAAGCUGAAGAACACGAUGCAUUCAACCUGCUACUGUACCCAACUGGCUGUCCUGCCCGACAUCAAUCACUCGUCUGGAUGGAUUUUAGCUCUGGUUCGACCCUGGGUCUGUUGGACGCUCGCCCGGCUAGCUUCGUCUGCAGCGUGAGCGCCCCACGCUGAUCAGUAUAGAGCAGGAUUCACAAAGUAGCACUUUUUACUUCCCUUGUGUUUGUAUGUUUUGGAGAAUCUGAUCCAGUUCUGCUUAAAGGAAGAUGUCUUCUUCAUAAAAAAAAAAGGGAAAUUUGAACCAACUUCCAGAUUCUACAGAUACAGAUUCUAUUUCUAACAUCUUUGGUGUGGCUGUAGACAACUCUUGUCCCCUGAUCCAGGAGAUUCUAUAUAUGUGUUCUGGAGGAAGAGAGAGAGAGACUUCUGGACCUUUAAUCAAAGCAUUUCAACUUCAUUUGGAUUUCUGUGCAGGGAUUCUUAUUUUUAUGUUUGUACAUUAGUGACAGAGUUCACUCCUACGCUGCUAAUAUCUGUACUGUUUGUCAUUCACUGAGCAUAUAUGAGUCCAGAUGUAUUUGGAUAAUAGGCAGAUCCCUUUCAACCGCUUGAGCUGCUUUUGCUGAUGUCCAGUUACAUUAAUCCUCAACGGCUCUGCAAUGUAUUCCACUGAUUUAAAUUGCAGGCAUGUUGUAAGUUCAGGACCUUUUAAGUAUUUAAAAGGAUUUCUGAUUCAGCUCAUCUUACGCUCGUCUCCGGUACAACAUAACACAUAAUGGUUCUUAAACAUUUUAAAAAGCAUGUCAUUCUAAUCAUAAAGACAAAGAAUUAUGCUCAGUAGAAAAUAAUAAUAUUAAGUUGAGGUCCUGUCCAUGGAGCGCUUCACAUUUCAUGGCCAUCCUCAUCUGGUGAGCAGAGUUGGUCCCUACAGGAUUAUACUGUAACAGAGGCAUCAGCUGUGUGUGUCUGUGUGGCCAUUACCAGCCAAUGGAAACCAGAUGUUCACAUUUGCUGAAAUUGUAGGGAACCCCCCCCUGUGGAACCGGAACGACUCAGACACACGCACACACACACACACACACACGCACACACACACACACACACACACACACACACACACACACACACACACACACACACACACACACAAGAUUUUGAUUGCUUCAGACUAAAUUAAGACAACAUCUCUCUCUCUGUAUGUCUAUGUGUGUGUGUGUAUGUGUAUGUGUGUCUCAAUCUCUCUCUCGUGUCUCCCUCUCUUUCUGUGUGUGUGUGUGUGUCUCCCUCAGUCUUUCUCUCUCUCGCCCACUCUCUCUAUGUGCUCCUUACUUCGACAUGGUUUAUUGUGCCGCAGGGCCCCUAGGGGCCUACUGAGAACAACUGAAUUGUUAUUUUAAUGACCCACCCAAUUACCAUCAAAAGCAGAGGAUUUUUUACACUGUAUGUCUGUAGUAUUUUUUACACAUGAGAUGUAAAUGACAGGGAUGGUCGUUAUCUUCCUUUUAAUCAUUCACAGCUUCAAUAAACAGUAUACCACUCUGUAAA